AUGUUUAAUAACGUGUUGAUGACUUCGUUGACGACUUUAGGCGACACUAAUGAGCUAACUUGUUGGCACAACCGACCAUUUUCAAUAAAAUGGCCCGAACCACGACAACAACCGACGCUCAAAAAAGAUACAUUAGUGACGAAGAUCAUCAAGAAGAAGAACAAACGUAAUCGUACAGCCUACACCACCGAACAGAUCCGUCUACUUGAAGACAUGUACACGAAAACGAAGUACGUGGACGCAGAACGUCGUAAGGAGCUCGCAAAGCAACUGAAGGUCGGCGAUAAAUGUAUUAAGGUGUGGUUCCAAAACAGAAGAAUGAAGGAGAAGAAGGAGUCGUCUGAAUCGAGCAGCGAUUCCUCCAGCGAGAGUUCAGGGCAUGAACCGGUCACGCCGUCUCCAGACACAACUCAAGCUGUGUGUCAAAGAGAAGAAUCUCAAAUGCAUACUCAGUAUAAUUACUCAGGUUACACUCUGCCAUUCGAAUUUCAAAAUAACUACUCGUAUACCGGGGAACAGUUUUACGCAAAUAACACUUCCGCACCUGGCUGCUCUUUCCAGAACGAUUCGAACAUCUAUCCCACCCAGUAUUAUCCAGUGAACUCCGCGGAAAGUUACCCAUCAAGUCAAUACACUGACUAUUAUAAUAAUUGUGAAAAUGGAAACGAAUGGGGCUACAACACGUAUUUUAAUAUCAACGAAUUUCAAUUAUAA